AUACUUCAUCACCACACCCCAUCCAGUGGCCAACCCCGCGAAAUAAAAAACUCAAUGAACCCCUAGAAACUCGUUUUUUCAUCUCAAUAUCAAAAAACCCCUCUUUCACUCUCUUCAAUUCCAGUAAAAUUGAAGAAAUUUGCGAAUUCGAUACUCUAAUUUCGCCAUUUCCAUGGCUCCGAGAGUUCUCAUGGUUGCGGAGAAGCCGAGCAUCGCUCUCUCCAUCGCAACGGUUCUCUCUAAUGGUCAAAUGUCUACCAGGAGGGGAAGUACCGAGGUGCAUGAAUUUGAUGCGAUGUUUUUGGGUCUUCACAGUCAUUUUACAGUUACUUCAGUGAUUGGGCAUGUUUUUAGUGUAGAUUUCACUGCAGCAUUUCAAGAUUGGAACACAACAGAUCCUCUGGAUCUUUUCCAAGCGCCCACUCUUAAAUCAGAGUCUAAUCCAAAGGCUCAUAUCCGGAGACAUUUGAGUCAAGAAGCUCGUGGUUGUAGCCAUCUUGUAUUGUGGCUGGACUGUGACCGAGAAGGGGAGAAUAUUUGUUUUGAAGUUAUUGAGUGCACUGGAUUUCAUUUCAAAGAAGGGGAAGCAAGAGUUUAUCGUGCUCGGUUUUCCUCUGUUACCGAGAAAGACAUUGCAAAGGCAAUGGAAAAUCUCGUUGAGCCAAACAGAAAUGAGGCCUUGGCUGUGGAUGCGCGCCAGGAGAUAGACUUGAAAGUUGGAGUUGCCUUUACCCGCUUCCAGACUAGCUACUUUCAGGGAAAAUAUGGAAACUUGGACUCUCGAGUUAUCUCUUAUGGGCCAUGUCAAACUCCAACUCUUGGAUUUUGUGUACAACGCUAUUUGAAUAUCAACACUUUCAGGCCGCAGAAGUUCUGGGCUGUGCAUCCCUACAUCUCUCACAAGGGCUAUGAACUCAAAUUGGAGUGGGAUCGCGAAAAGUUGUUUGACUUAGAUGUCUCCUUGAUGUUUCAAAAAUUGGUUAUGGAAGACGGCAAGGUUGAAAUAAUCAAUGUAUUUAAGAAGCAGGAGCACAAGAGUAAACCCUCUGGUUUGAACACAGUCAAUCUUCUUAAGAUUGCUUCAAGUUCAUUGGGCUUUGGGCCACAGAUGGCUAUGCAGAUAGCAGAAAGGUUGUAUAUUCAAGGGUUUAUCAGUUAUCCUCGCACAGAAAGUACUGCUUAUCCGUCUUCGUUUGACUUCCGAGGUGCACUUGUGGCACAAAAGAAUAAUCCCUUAUGGGGAGGUUAUGUACAGACCCUACUGGUUGAUGGUUACCAUAAACCUCGUUCAGGAACUGAUGUAGGCGAUCAUCCACCCAUUACCCCAAUGCGAUCAGCUACUGAAGAGAUGCUUGGUCAUGAUGCUUGGAGAUUGUAUCAGUAUAUUUGUCAGCACUUUAUUGGCACUGUGUCUCCAGACUGCAAAUAUAUGAGGACAAAGGUUGAAUUUUCAAGUGGUGGAGAAUCAUUUGGUUUUACAGGACAGUAUGUCACUGCCGAAGGAUUCACCUCCAUUAUGCCUUGGUUGGCUAUAAGCGAGAAAAAGCUUCCUGAAUUUGCAAAGGGUGAAAGAAUUAAGAUAUCAAAAGUUGAACUAUAUGAGGGGAACACUACGCCUCCUGAUUACCUUACUGAAAGUGAGAUCAUUUCCCUCAUGGAAAAGCAUGGAAUAGGCACAGAUGCAUCCAUUCCUGUACACAUCAACAACAUAUGUGAGCGCAAUUAUGUACAGGUACAAAGUGGACGGAGGUUGGUUCCUACUGCUUUGGGCAUCACUCUUGUCCGAGGUUACCAAUGCACUGAUCCAGAUCUUUGCCUGCCAGACAUUCGGAGUUUUAUUGAACAUCAGAUUACUCUAGUUGCCAAGGGUCAAGCGGAUCAUUCACUUGUUGUGAAACAUGUUCUUGAACAGUUUAAGCAGAAGUAUGUAUAUUUUGUCAAGCAGAUUGAACACAUGGAUGCACUAUUUGAAGCCCAAUUUUCUCCUCUAUCAGAAUCCGGCCGUGCGUUGAGUAAAUGUGGAAAGUGUGCAAGGUAUAUGAAGUACAUUUCUCAACAACCACAACGCCUCUAUUGCGGUUCUUGUGAGGAUGUGUACUAUCUUCCUCAAAAAGGCUCAAUUAAGCUGUACAAGGAAAUUGUUUGCCCUUUGGACAAUUUUGAACUGUUGCUCUUCUCCAUGCCUGGUCCAGAAGGCAAAUCAUUUCCCCUAUGCCCUUACUGCUACAACAAUCCUCCAUUCGAAGGUGUAGACAAACUCUUUGGUGCACCCAAAACUGGUCCCGCCAAACUGGGUAAGGGUGCGGGGAUGCCAUGUUUCCUCUGCCCCCAUCCUACAUGUCCGCAUUCUCUGAUAGCCCAAGGUGUUUGUGCUUGUCCGGAGUGCAGUGGUACACUUGUCCUGGAUCCUGUUAGUGCUCCCAAAUGGCGGCUUGACUGUAAUAUGUGCAACUGUCUUGUCUUUCUACCUCAAGGUGCUCACCGGAUCUCAACCACGAAAGAGCGGUGCCCUGACUGUGAGUCUACUAUCGUAGAAGUUGACUUUAAUAAGAAUAACACACCUUUGGCAGAUGGAACUACUUUGUAUGCAGGAUGUAUUCUUUGUGAUGAACUCCUUCAUUCACUGAUUGAGAUGAAGCAUGGGAAAUCUUCUUUUAGGCGUUUUGGAGGAAGAGGUAGGGGAAGGGGAAGGGGAAGAGGAAGAGGACGAGGUGGAAGGAAAAAUGUUGAUCCUAAAAUGAGUUUCCGGGAUUUCUGAGAUACUUAACCUCAUGUAAUUGACAUUAACACUUUUAAAAAAAAUAAAAUAAUCUCUAGUUAGUGAGAAUUUACAGGAUUUAACUUCCUCGAUCAGGGACGCAGUUGUUUGUACUUUGUAGUGUAUGUAAUCUUCUUUUUGUCAAACUUUGUUAAUCUUUUCGGGUUGUUGUUCAUGGGCCAAAACUGAUACUA